UGCGAGACAGGAAGUUGGGAUGAAAACAAGAGCGGAAACUGAUGUUAGCUAAAAAAAAAUGGACUAAAUUUAAAAGUACCGUUAGUGUGUGUUUGUAAGGAGCCUGUAGAUGAUGUCUAACACGCCGAGGAGCGGAGACAUCAUCCACCUGAAUGUCGGGGGAAAGAGGUUCAGCACCUCCCGACAGACGCUGACGUGGGUCCCUGACUCCUUUUUCUCAAGUCUUCUGAGCGGGCGGAUCUCGACUCUGAAGGAUGAAACUGGAGCUAUCUUCAUCGACAGGGACCCCUCUCUGUUUGCCACCAUCCUCAACUUCCUGCGGACCAAAGAGCUGUAUCCCCGCUCCAUCAACGUGCACAUGCUCAUGCACGAGGCCGAGUUCUACGGUAUCACGCCGCUGGUGCGUAAGCUGCAGCUGUGUGAUGAACUGGAUCGAUCGUCCUGUGGAAACGUGCUGUUUAACGGCUACCUGCCCCCACCAGUGUAUCCAGCGAAGCGCCGUAACCGUCACAGCGUGGCGGGGUCGCAGUUCAUGGCGGGCCGAGUCGCACCGGCAGAGAGAGCGCCGGUCAGACGCAGCAACACGAUGCCCCCCAACCUGGGGAACUCUGGGAUACUGGGCAGAGCGAGCACUGAGGAGAGGACGCCUGGAGGUCAGUUAUCAGACACCGGCAUGGUCCGGAUCAUCUGUGGUCAUCACAACUGGAUCGCUGUGGCCUACGCACAGUUUGUCGUCUGCUACAGGGUGAAGGAGUCCACCGGGUGGCAGCAGGUCUUCACCUCUCCCCGUCUGGACUGGGUGAUCGACAGAGUGGCGCUCAACGCCAAGGUGAUGGCCGGCUCGCUGGGAGACAACGACAAGAUGGUGGCUGUUGCCUCGGGGACGGAGAUCAUCCUGUGGGCCAUCUGCCCGGACGGCAACGGGAAUGAAAUCGGCGUCUUCAGCCUGAACGUGCCGGUGGAGGCCCUCUUCUUCGUUGGUAAUCAGCUGAUCGCCACCAGCCACACGGGGAAGGUCGGGGUUUGGAACGCUGUCACCAAACACUGGCAGAAUCAGGACGUUGUUCCCAUCAGCAGCUACGACACCGCCGGCUCCUUCCUCAUCCUGGGCUGCAACAACGGCUCCAUCUACUACAUAGAUGUGCAGAAGUUUCCUCUCAGGAUGAAGGAUAAUGACCUGCUGGUGACGGAGCUGUACAGAGACCCGACAGAAGACGCCAUCACCGCCCUCAGUGUCUACCUCACGCCCAAAACUAGUGACAGCGGGAACUGGAUCGAGAUCGCGUACGGGACCAGCUCCGGGACGGUUCGAGUCAUCGUUCAGCAUCCAGAGACGGUCGGCUCGGGGCCGCAGCUCUUCCAGACCUUCUCUGUCCACCGCAGCCCCGUCACCAAGAUCAUGCUCUCUGAGAAGCACCUCAUCUCAGUUUGUGCCGACAACAACCACGUGCGGACGUGGACGGUGACUCGCUUCAGAGGGAUGAUCUCCACCCAGCCAGGAUCAACGCCGCUCACCUCCUUCAAGAUCCUCAGUCUGGACGACGUGGACGGACACGGAGGCUGCAGCGCCGGGACAGAGAUAGGUCCGUAUGGAGAGAGAGACGACCAGCAGGUGUUCAUCCAGAGAGUUGUACCAGACACUGAUAAACUCUACGUCAGGCUGUCGUCCAACGGGAAGAGAGUGUGUGAGGUGCGUUCGGUGGACAGCACCUCCAUCACAGCCUUCAUGGUCCACGAGUGCGAGGGCUCGAGUCGCAUCGGCUCUCGGCCCCGUCGCUACCUGUUCAGCGGCCAUGGCAACGGCAGUAUCCAGAUGUGGGACCUGACCACCGCCAUGGAGAUCGCCGGCAAGGUCGACAUCAGAGCGCUGGGCGGGCCAACAGAGGAGGAGCUGCUGGAGCUGUUGGACCAGUGUGACCUGGCUCUGACCAGAACGCCUGACAGCACGCCGCGAGCCUCCACCUGCAGCCUCCACUCUCAGCUCAGUGACGUCCUCAGGACGGAGCGGCUGCACUCUGCAGGAGGAGGACGAGGAGCUGGAGCUUCGGGUUCGUCAGCUUCACUUUGCGGCAGCCUCCCCCGGCAGCCUCCGCCCCCCGUGCCCCUCACCAAACCUAUCCGUGACCCCGCCCACUCCGGGUCGCAGAGCCUCGCCAUCCCGGCCUACUCCCACAACUCCACCUCCAACCAUAACGCCAGCCCGCGGCCCUCCAGACACCAGGACCGGGACAGGGAGUGGGGGUCUGUGCGCAGGGGGAGCUUUGUGGAGCGCUGCCAGGAGCGCGCCAAAGGUUCAGAGGCGGCGGCGGGCUCUGGGUUCGGGGUUCCAGCAGGGCCGGAGAGCGCCAGGCGGAGCUUAGCGGUGUGCACCGAGUUAGAGGCCAGAUUCGGCCACAGGACCCCCACCACCUUCUCUGUGUCGCCUGGUUCACGCCACUCCCCAGGAACGCCUUCAUCCCUGUCAUCAGCAUCGUCAUCUUCGUCACACCACAGGGCCACGCCCACUCCCCCAACAAGCCCCGCCCCCGCAGCUGUGAGCCCAACUCGUUCUCAGGCUCCUGCUUCACCCCGCCGAGGCGCUGCUAUGUCUCCUGCUGACGUCCCAGUGUCCCCUGAGAGCCCGGCGAGUCCGGAGAGCCCCGCCGCCGGCCCGCCCACCAGCCCCAAACCACACAUGAACGAGACCAGCUUCUGAUUGGCUGUUCAGACCAAGACUCUGCAGACACAUGAAGGAGAGCAGCUUCUGAUUGGCUGUUCAGACUGAGACUCUGCAGACGGUCAGGUGGAACCAACAGAACGUUUGGUUGUCUGUCGUUACACUGAGACAUGAAUGUCUGAACAGUUUGUGGCAGGUUUGUGACGUCUUCAGUAGCCAAUCAGCUGCCACGCAGAGCUCUGUUGCCAUAGUUACCACAUGCUGGUUAGCUGUUUCCUGACUUCAGGAUCAGGACAAAUUAACUAACUAACUUAAGGAGGGAAAAUGGUUCAUAAACAGCAGAAAAACAAAUCAAAGUUCCUACAUGAUCAAAUAAAUCAAUCGGCUGUAUCGUGAACAGACUCACAGACCUGCAGUCGACCCAACAGCACAAACACAGUUUACAGUGAUGGCGACGGCAGAUUUAACAUAAAUAUUAGGUCAUUUUUUAAAUACUGGAUCAGAAGUUAACACUGUAUUUUAUCAGCUGUAGCCAGCAAACGUAAUCUAAUGUCGUGUGUUAACGCAGGCGUCCUGCGUCUCUGAUAGGGGUGGGUAUUUUAAAAAAUGUCCAUGUUCGAGGACUCACAAGAACAAACUCUACUAUCAGAAUCAGAAGCAGGUUUUCACUUACAAAGAAUUUGGGUUUUUUUGUAGCAUAAAUAAACCUGUGAAGAGCAAGUAAAGGUAAGGCGAAGUACUGAUAGAAAAGUUAUAAUAAAGACAUGAUAAAGAUGCUUUAAGAAGAAGAAGAAAUCAGCUUCACUAUAACUCGCAGCAUUCACAGACAAACACUUGUCUUUAUCUGGACACAUUUUCCCCACAAAUACAACAUGCUAACGUUAUUAGCACAAGCCUAUGGCAUUUUACAUUGUAUAAAUUAGCCUAGCAGCUAGCAGACUUUUCCUCUACUCAUAUAAAUCCAGGGACAACAGCAACAUGUAACAAAGGUAACGGAACAUAAUUCAGCUCCGUUACAGCUCACAAGGUUCACUGACAAAACAACUGUCUUAUACUAAACAUGUUUUACAAACAAAUACAACAUGCUAACAUUAUUAGCACAAGCCUAUGGCAUUUUACAUUGUAUAAAUUAGCCUAGUGACCAGGGGAGAUUUCCUCUACUCAUAUGGUCUGUGGUCUUCCUGUUUCCCUUUUUAAAUGAUGAUUACAGACUACCGCUGCCUGCUCGUGCAUAGUUAUCUCCUCUCACUCAGGUGCAGAACGUACGUACUGAUUGGCCGACAGUGAGGCGAUGCAGAUGGUUUUGAGGGCACAAUCCACAUAUGAAAAAUAGCCACUCUUCAUAGCACUAUCCCCGCUGAAAAAACAGCGACAGGUCACUAAAAACAAUCCGUUAUGUAGUUAAUUGGUCUCUUACAGUGAGCUGCAGCUCAGCAGGUGUCUCAGCAGGUGUCACGCUCCAUCUGUUUAGUAUUAUUAGCAUUGCAAGAAUUCCUCCUCUUGAGUAUUUCAGCUCUUUGGUAGCAUUAUUUUGAGUUAAGCAGAAGAAGGUCUGAUUAUUUUUUCCACCGCUGCCAAAGUGUAAACAGGACAGUCUAACUACAGAGCGUUAGCUUUAGCAUUAGCUUGCAGUAGCUAGCUACAGCUGCUAGAAUACUUCUUCAUUUCAGUCAACAGAUCUUUUUAUAUUUUAAGGCAAAUCUGCUGUUUUUGGAUUUAUAAACUGUGAGUGCAGAAAAAUUGAUUGUGAGUAUCUGUGUGGCCAAAGAUGUCACAGCAUCAGGUUCGGCCCUUAACAAGCGCACGGCGGGUAUUUAUCUGUAGAUUUUCUACACCGAACACCGUGCACACACUGCCCCCUACAGUUUGGGAGAAUGUGAGAAGAAACCUUCUCGGUGUAAACUUCAUCAUCAUGCUCACGUCCCUGCGGAGAGCAUAACUAACGCCAGAGGUGGAGACCAAACCGGAGCUCAAAGGACAGGACGUAUUGGACUCCAACUUUAUCUUUGUUUCUGCAGCUUUUUUAUAACCAGCAGAGCAAAAAACAAAGUUUGAGUUUCCUGUCGGGACCUUUUUGUAUCUGAAGAGUCUGUUAAAAAACAAAAGUUUGUACAGAAGCUUUAUUUUUGUAAUUUUUAUGAUUGAAAUCCGACAGCGAUGUUUUUUUCAGAAGGGUUUCUUUUCUCUCUUUGAGUCCUGACUGUAAACUGUCUUCAGUCCGUUCAUUUGUUCACAGAGCCGAGCCUGAACGCCUCACGGCCAAUCAGGUUUCAGCUCUGUCUGCUUUUGUUCUUUAAUUUCCUGUCAAUGCCGCCGAAUUCACAUCAGACACACGACGGAAGCAAAACAAACCCUUCUGUCACACUUUAUUUUAUGGCUCCAUAUUUUUCAAAUAAUCUCAUGUAAAGAACUUUUUGUUUUAUGGAACAAAUGAAAGAAAAAUAUUCUUUAAAACUCUAAAAUUUUCACAUUUUUUUAUGCAUUUGUGCAUGUUCAGUUACUUUAAGACUACGCCUGCAGCUGACAGAUACUGAUUUAGUAGAAUUAAAGUAAAAUUUCUACUUUGCUGGAGUAUUCGUAGUUUUUGCUUCUUUAUUCUUCGACUCUCAGAGGAAAACAUUUUACUUUUUACUGCACUAAAUCUAUCUGAUAGCUUCAGAUACUUUGCAGAUUAUUAACAAAAUAUAUCAACUAAUAAAUGAUUUAUUACCAUAGAUAGAAUUCAGGACUUUUACCUGCAGCAGAGUAUUUUUCUUUACUUUUAAAUGAGCUAAUACAUCCAUCAGUUUUCAUCCUCCUCCACGUCCAGGUUGUAUUAAUUUAGUUAGUUAUAUAAUUAGGGAUUAUAUACAGCUGUAAACAGAAAACAUUAUAAAUAAAACUGCAGGUUUUCCAUCAAACUUUGUGUUGUGUGUUAAAAAGGUUCCACAUUGAAACGUUCCUUCCAGGAAACUUAAUAGUUUUGAAAUAAUUGCGUCGUAUGGAUCCAUAGAAUAAAGUGUUUCCAGCUCUGACUGUUACAGAAAGAUGUUUUUUGUCUUUAAUGUGAUUUAUUUCCUGUUGAAACAGUCGUCCACCAUCCAAACCUCCAUCACUGUUGUUUCCUCCUGUUGUGUUCUUGUGUUAUUCGUCAAUGUUUCUUUAUUCUUUGUCAGGUUUGUUUCACUGUGCUCAGGUUUUCUUUGUACGGGAAACAGUUUCAGCAUUAAACCUUCAGUUUAUCUGUUUGUUCAUUUGUUCUCUGGUCUGUGAUGUUCAGAGUCACACAGAUAGUUUGGGUUAAAAGCAUUUAUUGUUUAAAUUGAAAUAAAUCAGACAUACAUUUAAGCCCAAGCUCAUUUUCAGGCUGCAGCCAACAGUUAUUUGUAUUUUCUAUUAAUCUGACCAAUAUUGUCUUUGUAAAGUUUAUUUUAAAGUUUUCUUGUUUUUUGCCUGAAAAACAGUUUGAAGCCCAAAAUGUAACCAAAAUAUUUAUUUAUUUAAUAUGAAACAGAGAGAAGCUGAAACAAAAGACUACUAUGUCAUUUUAUUUUAUUUUAUUUUAUUUUAUUCUUUCACUUGGAAUUGACAUUAAAAGGUUAUUUGAUUAUCAAAAUAAAUACAGAUUAAUUUCAUUUUUUGGUCAGUUAAUAGUUUCAUGUCAAACCCCCAAACCGUCAAUAUUUAAUACAUAAAAAAAUCUUAAAAUAAAUAAUAUUAAUAAAUUGUGUAAAAAUAUGACCCACAUUAUUAAAACUCAACCAAUCAUAGCGUAGUGGUUUUUAUUAUUAAUCUUUAUAAUAACUAAGUUGUUAUAAAUAUAAUUUUUAAUGCAUUAUUUACAUUUUUCAAAAGUGUGGUGUUAUUUCAUAAUGUCAUAGAAAACUGCGUGGGCUGGAAGUGUCUGUCACUUUUCAUUAGACCUGAAACGAUUACAUGAAUCAAUUAAUAAUAAUAAUAAUAAUGAUGCAUUUUAUUAAAAGGUGCCUAUCAGAGCACUCAGGGACACCUGUAAAGACACAUUAAAAAACAAGCAGCCAUGUGUCUGUAGAUCAUGAAGUCAAACAAUUCAGUAAUAUAAGAUAAUAAGUUAAUAAAAUAAUUAUUACAACAAUUAGUCAGUUGAUAGAAAUUUGGCGCUUUUUUUUUCCAAAAACAGUUGAUUUGCUGCUUUUUUUUUCUUCCAAAUAUUGUAUCUCUAUAUUUUAUAUUUUGGUUUUGGGAUCUUAUGUAAUCUCAUUUAAUCGACCUAAUGAGUAAUUUUAAUUUCUAAUUUUAUUUGUGAAUUCAUUCUUGUAAUUUUAUUUUUACUCUUACUUGGAUUUCCGAGUUUCCCACAGCCUGUGAACGCAGCACUGAUGGCUCUGAACUCUUCAUGUUUUGUUUUGUGUCUUUAAUAUUAACGGUCAUUAAACAGCUCACGGUGAAUGUAGUCAAAGUGUCGCUCCGGCUGAUCUCAGGUCAGCACGGAGGAAGGAUUUUAAUAUUUCUGUGUAACGUGUGUUUGAUACUAAAGAUUGUUUGUUUGUAAACAGACUUUGUAUUAAAAUAAUAAAAUAAUUGACUCAGUUAA